AUGCCCAAAACCGCAAAGUCUAACGGCACCAAAGCUCCCCCCCCUUCACCCCUUGGCCCCCGAACACCUCUAGAAAGGCCUAACCAUCCUCCGCAGCCCAUUACAAUGAAGCAACUGCAACAGCGUUUCAUGGAUAACCAAGCAUUCAGAGUCUUCGGAGCCAUUGUAGAAGCUCGAGCAUCAAUAUAA